CGCUGGGGGCGCUAUGACCUCACCGGAAGUGCGUGUCUGGGGCGGAAGUUAAGCACGGCACGGCGCACGCGUGGUCAGUUGCAGGACGAUGGCGGCGGUGGAAGUUUCAGUGAAAAAGAAGAAAAAGGCGAAGAAGGUGCACGAGGACGAUGUGGGGGAGAUCCAGCAGAGCGCAGACUUCCUGAUCAAACCUGAGUCCAAAGCUGCGACUCUGGACACGUCACAAUGGCCCCUCCUACUCAAGAAUUUCGACAAACUGAACAUCAGAACGAGUCACUACACGCCCCUGCCCAACGGCAGCAACCCCCUGAAGAGGAACAUCCACGACUACGUCAGGUCAGGCUUUAUAAACCUGGACAAACCGGCGAACCCGUCGUCUCACGAGGUGGUGGCCUGGAUCCGGAGGAUUCUGCGCGUGGAGAAAACGGGUCACAGCGGAACCCUCGACCCGAAAGUCACGGGCUGCCUCAUCGUGUGUGUGGACCGAGCCACACGACUCGUCAAGAGCCAACAGAGCGCAGGUAAAGAGUAUGUGGGCAUCGUCCGGCUGCACAACGCCAUCAGCUCCCAGCACGAGCUCGCCAAGGCCCUGGAGACUCUGACUGGAGCUCUGUUCCAGCGCCCCCCGCUGAUCGCCGCCGUGAAGCGUCAGCUCCGAGUCAGGACCAUCUACGAGAGCAAACUACUCGAGUACGACCCGGAGAAACGCCUCGGGAUCUUCUGGGUGAGCUGUGAGGCGGGCACGUACAUCAGGACGUUGUGUGUGCACGUGGGGCUGCUGCUGGGGGUGGGGGGGCAGAUGCAGGAGCUCCGGAGGGUUCGCUCGGGCGUCCUGGGGGAGAAGGAUAACCUGGUGACGAUGCACGACGUGCUGGACGCUCAGUGGCAGUUCGACCACAACAAAGACGAGUCGUACCUCAGACGAGUCAUUUUCCCGCUCGAAAAACUCCUGACCUCACACAAACGCAUCGUCAUGAAGGACAGCGCCGUGAAUGCGAUCUGUUACGGGGCGAAGGUGAUGCUUCCUGGAGUCCUGAGGUACGAGGACGGAAUCGAAGUGAAUCAAGACGUCGUCAUCAUCACCACCAAAGGAGAGGCCAUAUGUACAGCGGUGGCGCUCAUGACCACGGCGGUCAUCUCUUCGUGUGAUCACGGCGUCGUGGCCAAAAUCAAACGUGUGAUUAUGGAGCGAGACACUUACCCCAGGAAGUGGGGCCUGGGACCAAAGGCGAGUCAGAAGAAGAUGAUGAUCCAGAAAGGUCUCCUGGACAAACACGGAAAACCCAAUGGAAACACGCCGUCCGAGUGGAGCCACGAGCACCCGGAGUACAGUGUGAAGUCGGAGCCCGAGACCCCGGCCAAGAGAAAACGUGACGACAGUGACUCAGACGCCGUGGAGACGCCCGCCACCGCCGCCGGAGACACAGAGACGAAGAAAGAAAAGAAGAAAAAGAAAAAAGAGAAAAAGAUCAAAGUGGAGGAGGCGGAGCCAGAGGAGGGCGUGGCUACAGAGGAAACGGAGGCGCCCGAGGUGAAAAAGAAGAAGAAAAAGAAGAAACAGGAAGUGGACGGCUCAGAGUGAGAGCAGAGGAUGAUGGGAAACUGAACUGAAACUGAGUCUGGACUUUAUUUUUGUAAAAAAAGUGUUUUUGUAAAUAUUUUAUUUCUGAAUAAACUUUUUAUUUGUAUCGAU